AUGACUUCAGCACUUCGGGGCCCCUACGUGGGCAUCGACCCUUCUUCAAGCGACCGGGAACCCGCUAUAGAGUUGAAGCGUACUAUCACGGGCAGAAAGACGAAAUCAGGGCCAGACGUCUCUAUCCCAGAGAUGAUGAAGGCAUUGAUACCCGCGGCACUCCUGAUCCUCGCUGUUCUCUGGAUUAACUCAGCCCAUAUCUACGGCUUGUUCCUCCGCCAAGGAGAGUAUGUCCACAGAACAAAGGUGGCAUUGGCAGACUUCGAUGGAGGUGAUUUUGGCGAGGCUUUACGAGAAUCAGCAGCUACAAACAACGGAACUUUCGGAUAUCCCACCUACGUUAAUGUCGAUACUGCUGGCUCGACCCCUGAGCAGAUCCGAAACGAGGUUUUCAAGGGAACAUACUGGGCCGCGAUCGUAGUGCAACCCGGAGCGACGGCUCGCUUUAAGAACGCGGUGAACGGCACUGCUCAGGCUUAUGAUCCGAAUGACGUCUACACGUACUACAUGCUUGAGGCGCGGUACUACACUUUCUACGUCUCAAGCAUCCUCUCAACGACUGUUACCACCGCAUCGACAGCAUCUGGUAUUUUCAAUGCCCAGUUCAUCACACCUCUUCUCGCGCGUGGCGAAUACGCCAAUACUACCGCAGCCCUCUCUGCCCUUGCUGGUCCCGCACGAGCUGUCGAGAUGUCCGCCGCACCACAGCUAUUCGCCAAUUUGGACGACAAAGCGUUCAUAAACACUAUUGGUUCUGUGUUCCCGAUUCUAAUGCAGUUCUUUUUCAUCAUGGCCUGGAACGGUGUGUGUAAUGGCAUGCACCUCUAUGCCGCCUACGAUAUGCGCACACACGUUCUUGCCCGCCUAUUCUGGAGCACUUUCUGGCCCAUAUUCACUAGCUUGUGUACAGCUGGCUGGACAUUCGCGUUCCGUGGGAGCUAUAAUAUCGAUGCAAAGAUGUUCUUUGCGUUCUGGGCUGUUACGUGGGUUUUUAGCAUGAUCAACUUCGACGUCCUAGAUAUCAUCACGGGUUUUACAUCGAUGGCAUUUGUGCCGUUUAUGUUCCUUACCUGGAUCAUCUUCAAUGUUGCAGCAGCUCUUGGACCAGUCGAGAUGCUGAAUCAUUGGUACCGCAUCAACUACUUCUUCCCAAGUCUUCAUUGGUACAGGACUUUCAUCACUAUCAUCACCCAGGGUGGCUACAACAACUUACGCUACACUCUACCUGUACUUGCGGUAUGGUUGGUGUUGAUGAAGUGCCUGAGUCCGCUGGCUACACGAAACCGAGUCAGGAAGGCGCAGGAGGUGUUUAGGUGGUACAACGAGAGAGAUGCUAUUGGUGGUCCUCACUAG